AUGAAUAAAGAAUAGGAUUCUGCAAAUUCAUCAGUAGAUAGCUUAUAAAUGAGAUAAUUUGAUGAUAAGUAGUUGGAAUAUGUCAAUAAUGGAGCUAAAUUACAAACAGGAAAAUAAAAAACUAUGACAAUUUCAUUAAUAAGUAUAUAUUCUGACUAAAAUACUAAAAGGGAAUAAGAAGAUCGUAGAGGAUAUUUAUGAGUAUUAUAAGGGUAGUGAUAUGUAAUAGGAAGAAAAAUUAAGAUUGCUACAAAAAGUAUAUAACGACGAUGUAAUUGAACAUAAUGCUGAUUCUAAGUAGGAGAAAAAAACAGAAAUAGUUUUACCUAGAUUUUAUAAAAUAUGUAAAUCACAUAAAUUAAUUGAAUAGUUCAUGAGACUAUUCCUAUUUUUUAUCCAAAUACUCCAUGUCUAUUAUUUUGGAAAGGAUGGGUGGGAUUAGUAAUUUUAUUUUUUUUCUAUGAAAUACCAAUCUAUAUUUCUUUUGGUAAAGAAGUUUGGGAAGUAAUAUAUUUUUAUUAAGCUAGUUUACACCUGAAUGGGCGAAAGUAUUAAUUGCAGUAGUAGCUUUUUUAACAUUUUCAUUUGAUAUGUGUUUAGAGUUUCAUACAGCUUACUAUUCACAUGGAAAUCUUGUAAUUGAUAGGGUUAAAAUUGGACAUAGAUACUUGUAAACAAGGUUUUUGUUUGAUUUAAUUGCAACUGUAGCAUUAUUAAUCAGAUCAAUAAUUUAGACAUAUAAUGAGAGAUGGUUAUAUAUAUUUUUUUAUUUGAAAUACCCUUCUUUAAUUAGAAUAUCUUUUCAAUUUGGAGAAAUCGUAAUGCUUCAUCGUAGAAUAAGAACUAUAUUUUAGAUUGCAAAAGUUUUGAUAGUUUUAUAAUUCGUCUUUAUUGUAUAUGCAUGUAUUUGGUAUUUGGCUUGUUUAUAUGCAACUAAUAAAGGUUACAAUUCAUGGUUAACUCAUGAAGGAAAUUUCGGAGCAAUAAGUGAAUUGACAUAAAUUUAAAAAUUUUUUUACUCUUAUUAUUUCAGUGUUGGUACAACAACUACUACUAUGGGAUAUGGAGAUAUGUAACCACUAAAUAUUUUUGAAGUAUUGGUUGGUAUGGGAGGAAUAUUAUUUGCUGUAUUAAUUUUUGCAGUUAUGGUUAAUAUAAUAUUUAAGAUUUUGGAAGAAUAUGCAAUAUAUGAUAUCAAACGCUAUCAAUAACGUUUGAUAAUUAAUAGAUACAUGAUGAUUAAAGAUGUGCCAUAAAAUCUAAGAGAACGUGUUAGAUAAUAUUUGAAUGAACAUUGGUAUUAAGAGGGAAAUAGGGAUAUUUAAGGAGAAUAGGAGAUUAUAGGAGAAUUGGCUCCAGAAUUAAAGGCAGAAUUGUAAUUAGCAAGUUGUGGUAAAAUACUACUUUAAAUUCCAUUAUUUUGUAUAAACUUUUCUAGAGGAUUUCUAAGAGAAUUAUCAUCCAUAAUUUAGGAAAUGAAUUAUGCAGAGUAUGAAAUGAUAUUCUUAGGAUAAGAUCCUCAAUUUUUAGAUGAUCAAUCAAUUUAUUUCAUUAAUUUAGGAAGUGUUUCCAUAUUCCCAAAUAAUUUUAAUAAAUAACUAUAAUUAAAGAAAUUAGGGAAGGGAGAAUAUUUUGGAGAAUACACAUUUCUUACUGGAUUUUAGAGAAAAGCAUCAGCAUAAGCAUUACAAUACAGUUAAUUAUACAAGAUAAGUAGAGAGAAUUUUUUAAUCACUUUGGCUAAAUUUAAUGAAGAUUACGAGAAAUAUUGGAUGAUUAAAGAUAAGAUAGAAUUUUAAAAGGAUUUUUCAGCAAUAGGGUAAUGCUACACAUGUGAAUCAACUACUCAUUAUAGUACAGAUUGUGAUGUAACUCAUAUUGUGGUGGAUCCAAUUAAAUUGAUUGUGUUCAAUAAAGAUACAUAAAAUAGAAUUAAAUUCAAAAGAAAGGAGAAGAAGAAAUGGUAAACAUUUGUAAGAAUAGAAUGUUUUAAAAGGGAAGGUGUGAUUAUUAAUUAAUAAAUAGGAAUGGGUUGGGAUAUAGAAUUAAAAUUGAAAGAUAUUGAAAAAAAUUAGGAACACUUGGAUGAUGACGAAUUUAAAAAGUUCUAAAAUAUUUUGAAAACAAAUUUUGAUUCUUAUACAAACCAGUAUAAGGUCAAAGAAGGUCUUUAAGGUAUGGAUUAAGCAUUUUAAUUUACAAAUUAUUUUACUGAAAAUAAUUAUGACAAUCAAUCUGAAUUUAUUAAUACUUAGGCUCAGAUGAAACAACCAGCUCGUCUAUCCAUAAUUCGUAAUAAAUAAGUAUCACAAUAGAGAAGUAGAUAACCAUCUUCAUAAGAGUGA